AGUUCAUACGUGGGUGUGUGGCUUGUUAGGGGUUACUGUACCUUUAAGAUUUGGUCAAAUGUAACGGUUAACGUAAAGUGUGGCGUUGAAGUAAAAGGGACGUCAAGCAUCCCGCCAUACUUGUUAACAUACUGUUUGUUGUCGUCUUGGUCAGAAUGGGAAAAGCACAAUGAAGAUCAAUGUGUACCAACUGUAAUUAAACCAGGGUUCAUGGACCACACGGCUGUUCAGCUCCUUGUUAGAAAACGGCAAGUUAUGCAACAUUACAAGGGUUUGCCGUGAAACCAGCCCAGUGUCUUCCAUUGGCAAGCAGCCUCAUCUCCCAUCUCAGGUCCACUUUGAAAGUGAAGCGUCGAAGAGUCUACCUGAAAUCGCACAAUGACUGCUUCCUGGGAACAGAGGCUGUGGAUGUUGUGGUAGAACACAUUACCACCGAUAAGGCCUUUGAGGGUGCCACAGCAUCCCGGGACAAAGUGAUGAAUGUGUGCCAAGCGCUGCUGGACUGCAAUGUGUUUGAUGUGGUGGGAACUAACGUUUUUGGCAAGAAGAGGGCAGAGUUUCAAGACAGCAAGAGUGCUCUUUACAGGUUUGGAAAUGAAAAUGCGCCCACGGUGGAAGAUUUGGAAAGGGGUGUGCUUCUGAAGAGUAUCCAGGAACUCUUUUCUGGUUCUACUUCAGAGAGGAAGGCUGAGCAGACAUUUUCCUCAGGGUCACAAUGCCUGAUGCCCACACCAGUCAAAUUCACGCAAAUGUCCACUCAGGUUCCCCACUUAGACAGUCCUGUCUGUGCCAGUCUGCCGCUAGAGACCAGCAUGGAUAAUCUGAAUAUCAGUCCCAACAGAGGACAGACACACAGUGUUCUACCGCAGUCAUUGGUAGAUGAGAUAUGGCAGGAGCAAACCAUCCUCAGACUCUUAAACCUAGUGGAGCUCCCUCUACUGGAGGGGGUUCUUCAGUGCAGCCAGAUCUCUUCCUGCUCUGCACCAUCUCACUCAUUGCCUCACAAUAACCCUGACUUGAUCUGCAGCAGCAGCAGCCACCUUGACAGACAGAUUCUUAAGGCCUUCAAGGACUCUCAGGAUGAUGAAUGGCUUUGUGCUGCCCUGGACUGUCUAGACUUCCUCCCUGAUCAGCCAGUAGUAAAACUGAGUCGAGAGCUACCUUUCUUAUUCCCUCAAGAUCAGCAGAGCGCUGAGCGAGUUAAAGCGCAUGGAAAUAUUCCAGCUCAGUCGAAGUUGCUGUUGUACGGGACACUUGUGAGGCACUACGGCAACACAGAUAGACCUCCGCUACUUCCCGAGAAAAUGACGGAUGUCUACACGGCAAUCACUGAGCUAAUAGUGAACGCAAAAUUAGACAAAGCACUUGAAGCUCUCCAGCUGUGCUUGAAGCUGCUGCCACCUAACUGCCGAGAGGAGCUGCGUCGGCUUCUUCAUUUCAUGACAGUGGCUGGUGAUACACAAGGCUUAAUGCUGGAAAAGGAGCAGGAAAACCGACUUGUGGUGAAGACAUCUUUUUCCAGGGCUAUCCUUAACAGCAAGGCACUGUCAAAGGAGCGAGAGGAUCUGAUGCUGGUCUUCAUGCUCAGCAACAUAAAGGAAAUCUUUAAGAUACCAGGAACUCUGCACAGAGAAGUGACUGCUAAGCUGGUUGGCCUUGCUCAAGGGAAACAGGCCAAUGAUUCUGGCUGUCUGGUUUUGAGCAGGACUUACACCGACUGUCCAAAUAACACAACGAAUCAGGAACUUUGGAUUUUGCUUCAAAGUAUUCACCUGGAUACAAAGAUCUCACCUAAGGAGAGAAAGCGCUUACUUAGACAGUUUUACUCAUCCCACCCAGAGAUAUUUCAUAAGUACUUUGGUGAAUCUGUUGUUAAUGUGCUGUAGGUUAUCCGCUUCACUUUGACUUGCUGAUGUCAAGCUUGUCAAUCAAAGUGUGGCCUGGGGACCAUUUGUGGGGUCUUUUUUUUUUUUUUUUUGGACCGUAAAAAUGUAAACCUAAAAAGUAAAACAAAAGUGCACAAUGAAAGAGAAAAAGCUGAAAUGAUAACACAAAUUGCAUCCUUAAAUUUUUCCUUUAAUGUGCAAAAUAAAGUUUUGUGCUAAAGAAACUAUCAUGAUGGUCACGAAUUAGUGAAAUGUACUUACAGUGUAUUUGUAUUUGCUUACAUGUAAAUGACAGUGUUUUGUUUGGAAUUCAAUCUA